AUGAGAAGAGUCUUUUUAAAACAAGCAAAACGGUUUCCAUGGAUAACUAACGUUACCUUAUACGGAUGUCUGUUUGCUGGCGGGGACUUUGCGCACCAGUGCAUAGCCCAAAGGGAGGAAAUUGACUGGAAUCACACACGUAAUGUCGGCGUGGUGGCCUUCAGUUUUCAUGGCAACUUUAAUUACUUCUGGUUACGGGGUUUGGAACGGCGUUUCCCCGGAAGAUCCGCCAGAAUGGUCCUGCGAAAACUGUUCUUGGAUCAAACGAUCGCAUCCCCGUUGGCGACUACCGUCUUCUAUACAGGGGUUAGUUUCCUCGAGGGUAAGGAGGAUGUUCUCGAAGACUGGAGGGAUAAAUUCCUCAACACUUACAAGACUGGACUCAUGUACUGGCCAUUUAUGCAGUUCCUGAAUUUUGUGCUGGUUCCGCUGUAUCUGAGGACAGCGGUCAUGGGCUGCAGUGCCUUCCUGUGGGCCGCAUUCCUGUGCUUCUCGCAGGAGAGCGGGGAUGGCACGGCCGCCGUGGCCCUGGCCUGGCUCCUCUCACCGCGCACCAAGCUCCCGCCUCUGGACAGCCGCGAGGAGAAGUGAAGUACUCGUGCCGUGAAACCGAAAAUGCAGCAGGCUGUGCCUUUUAUGUGGAAAGAUGCCUAAAGACCAUGCUUGUACCUAUCAAUGCUAAGGUCGUGAACCCUUCCUGCUUUCCUCAAAUUAGACUAAUGAAAUGAAUCAGCUGAUGUGUUCUGGCGUAUACCAAAACACUGUGUACCAAGUCACUGUUCAUCAGAUAAGUGAAAUGGGGAAAUUGUUUUAAAAAACGAAAACACACUUAAUUGCUCGAUCCAUUUUAAGGAUAAGACAUAUUGUAUUUAUAACUAAGUUUUAAUUAAAUAGUUUGCUUCUUGCUUAAAGCCAUCUGCCUGAAGUCUUCAUCGCUGAUUUAUUUACAGCAUUAUGUUCAACAGCAGUCAUAACAACAGUAACCAUGUAGCCACAACAAAACCAGGUAAUCAUAAUCCUUUUGUCUGUUGAAGGAAAAACAAAAGCGGCUGUUGUUAUUUAUUUACUCAGACAAAGCAAAGACCAGAGGUAUAUUAUUUAGGUGAGUAGUUAAAUAAAACUAUUGUUGGUUACUUGAAAUGUUUAUUCAAACAGAAUUACAUUACAUUACAUUAUUGGCAUUUGGCAGACGCUCUUAUCCAGAGCGACGUACAACAAAGUGCAUACCCAUAACCAGGGAUAAGUUCGCUGAAAGACCCUAGAGGUAAGUACAAGAAUAGGUUGCCAUUGACCCAGGUACCUUACAUUCAAACAGAAAGGUCAAGCAGCCUAUCAGAAUAGAGCAGCAUGUUCUGUAUUGCUGUCACAUCUGCACUAGUCUCGUAGAAAAGCUUGGUGUUUCAAUAGAUGGCACAUAAUUGUAUAAAGCAUAGCUUGUCAACCAAUUAGGUUCUGAUGAUGAAUUUGAUACUUUUUUCCUGCAACAUACACCAGAAAGACACAUAUUCAUGAAAUCUAACAUGGUGUCAAUAAGUUAAAACAUACCUCAUGUAAUUGUUUGUAGCCCAAAAAUAAUUAUGUUGACUGUUGGAGAACCAUUGCUCAUUUACUUGUUGCAAGAUCAUAGAAAAGUGGUAAUUCCUAUUGGUGGUGAUCUAUUUCACUUGUCCUGUGUGUUUGUCUGCUCACAUUUAUAGCUUUUUGAAUCUGCCAACCUCUGUACUGCAUUUUUGUGGAAUA